CGGGUUCCUAGCGGAAGUGGCGGGGGCGGUGCCAUGGCAAAAGAACUCCCGGAGAAUCCCAAUUCGUGAUCUUCAGAAUUGGCUCAGGGUUGUUUCGGGGUUCCUCCCAUAUUCUGCCUCCGAGAUCUGGGGCUGGCUGUGAGCCCCCUAUGCUGUUUGAGGCGUGAAACUCACCUGAGGAAAUGCAUCUGAUCCAUUAGCAUGGAUUCGUAUUAUUUGGGGAUGGAGAAUCUUCAGCUGUGUUAAGUGUUACCUUCAGUUUCUGAGAUGACUUCUUUGCAAAGGAAAGGGCUGCAGGCAAGGGUUCUCAGCUCUGAAGAAGAGGAGAAACUGAAAAGAGACCAAACUUUGGUGUCUGAUUUUAAACAGCACAAAUUGGAGCAAGAGGCUCAGAAAAACUGGGAUCUUUUUUACAAAAGAAAUAGCACUAAUUUCUUCAAAGACAGACACUGGACCACCAGAGAGUUUGAGGAGCUAAGAUCAUGUAGAGAGUUUGAAGAUCAAAAGUUAACAAUGCUUGAAGCUGGCUGUGGAGUUGGAAACUGUUUAUUCCCACUUUUAGAAGAAGAUCCGAAUAUCUUUGCCUAUGCCUGUGAUUUUUCUCCAAGAGCGGUUGAAUAUGUUAAGCAAAAUCCUUUAUAUGACACAGAAAGAUGCAAGGUAUUCCAGUGUGAUCUGACCAAAGAUGAUCUUCUGGAUCAUGUACCACCAGGGUCUGUGGAUAUUGUUAUGUUGAUAUUUGUGCUCUCAGCUGUUCAUCCUGAUAAGAUGCACCUUGUCUUAGAAAACAUUUACAAGGUAUUAAAACCAGGCAAAAGUGUCUUGUUUCGUGACUACGGGCUGUAUGAUCAUGCCAUGCUUAGGUUUAAAGCUGGCAGCAAGCUUGGAGAAAACUUUUAUGUUAGACAAGAUGGGACCAGAUCAUAUUUUUUUACUGAUGAAUUCCUGGCUCAGCUCUUUAUGGACACAGGUUAUGAAGAAGUGGUAAACGAGUAUGUGUUUCGAGAGACGGUGAAUAAAAAAGAAGGCCUGUGUGUGCCGAGAGUUUUCCUUCAGAGCAAAUUUCUAAAGCCUCCUAAGAACCCAUCUCCUGUGAUCCUGGACCUGGAUCAUAAGUCCUGACCUUUCAUGAGGUUGGCAUUCAUACCUCCCCUUGAAGAGGAUAAUUUAAAAUCACUCUUUUGGCUGGGCGUGGUGGCUCAUGCCUGUAAUCCCAGCACUUCGGGAGACCGAGGUUGGGGGAUCACCUGAGGUCAGGAGUUCGAGACCAGCCUGACCAACAUAGUGAAACCUCCUGUCUACUAAAAAUACAAAAAAAUUAGCGGAGCAUAGUGGCAGGUGCCUGUAAUCCCAGCUACUCAGGAGGCUGAGGCAGGAGAAUCACUUGAACCCAAGAGGCGGAGGUUUACAGUGAGCCGAGAUCAUGCCAUUGCACUCCAGCCUGGGUGACAAGAGUGAGACCAUGUUUCAUAAGUAAAUAAAAUCACUCCUUUUACUUUAUAUAUUUUUUGAGGCAGGAUCUUGUGGUACGCAGGUUGGAGUGCAGUGGUGUGAUCACAGCUGAUUGUAGCCUCAACCCCCCUGGGCUCAAGCAAUCUUCCUGCCUCAGCCUCCUGAGUAGCUAGGACUACAGGUGUGAGCCAUCAUGCCUGGCCCUUAAUUUUUUUUGAUGAGUAUGUACAGUAGUACCUCUUUAUCCAUGGUUUCAUUUACCACAAUUUCAAUUACCUGUUUUCCACUGCAGUCAGUUACUUUUCUUAAGGUAUUUUGAAAAUAUCUUAAGAAAUAAGAUAUUUUUAUUUUGGGAGGCCGAGGCCAGCAGAUCCUUGAGCCCAGGAGUUCAAGACCAUUGUGGGCAACAUGGUGAAACCCUGUCUCUACAGAAAUACAAAAAUUAGCCAGAUGUGGUAGCAUGUGCCGGUAGUCCCAGCUGGGGUGGGAGGUUGGCUUGAGCCUGGAAGGCGGAGGGUGCAGUAAGUUGAGAUCAUGCUACUGCACUCCAGCCUGGGCGACAGAUCAAAGGUCUGUCUCAAAAAAAAAAAAAAAUUGGAAAGACAGAUCACAUUCACAUAACUUUUAUUACAGUGUAUUGUUAAAAUUGUUCUUUUUUUUUAGGGUUUGGUACUGUGUUGGUUUCAGGCAACCACUGGGGGUCUUGAAACAUACCACCCUCAGAAAAUGGGGGGACUACUAUGUACUUUUUAUGUUAAAAAAUAGAAAGUGUAUGUGUGUGUGAGACAUGUAAAUAAAACUUCAAGGCCUGAAAAGUAGUGAAAGUUUUAUAGAAUAACAUAAUUUAGCCAUAUUGUUCACUGUAAAAUUCCAUAAAGAAAAGCCUAAGGACCCUGUAGCAUGUAAAGAGAUUCUUGUCAUUACUCAUGUGACUGUAAGUGUUCCUCCAGGCAACAUGUCAGACAACCAUGGAGUAAAAAUGAGGCCAAGUAGACUAAAAUAAGACACUCAUAUGUAUUUCUAGCCUAAAGGAUUGUUCUGUUUUCUUUUUCCAGUGUCAUAUUUGCCCAUUGGUCUCCCCUUUAGUUCAUUUACGUAUUUCUUCAAAACCAGUGUUCCACAAAUACCACUUUUGCUGUAUCUCUGCUCAAGAACCCUCCAUGGCUCCCUACCUGAUUGUUGAGACCCGUUAUCACUGGGCCAGUUCCUUGUCACACUGUUUGCCCUGGGAGAGAGAGGGGAUGGUCAUGACCUGUCCUCCCCUCUGCCCCAUUUGUCCAGUGCUGUUUCUCUGAGAAGAUGGCUGGGGUCUAGAGUUAGAAUUUCAGAGUUGAGAGGGGCUUUAGAAUGGAUGUUCCAACUCCCUACUGGGAAAUGAGGAAGCAGUAGCAAGUGGUAAAUGAUGAGUCCAAAAUCACGUAGCUAGUGUUGUAGAAUAUGGGGAAAUCCCUAAAUUGGUCUGCUGACCUGUUUCCCAAUCAUUGCCUUUUAAUGACUUUUCCUUUAUGAAGUAAAAUCCAGGUGAUUUUGUUUUGCUCCCAAGGGUUAAGCCUGUAAGCCUUUCUGUGCGCCUUUCUGCAGAAAGCUGUUUGUGAGAACACUGUCUUGAGUACAUGACUGGGCUGCACAUGCAGCGGGCCUGGGCCCUUCAACUCCAACCACAUCUGGAGGAGGGGUCCCAGUGUGAAGGGGUUGGAUGAUAGUCAUAGUGGUUCCGUACAAUCAGAAUAAAUCCACCUGGCUCCUGAAGAGAAGAGGGGCAGGCCGCAGGGCUCAAUCUGUGCUUGCUGGGUGUUGUGAUUUUGCCAUCUGUCCUCAACUUCUUGGGAGGGGCUGAUGGAACUUGUAAAGAAGGUAGACCUAUAGGGGUCCUCAUGGGCCUUCUCACAGUGAGAGUCCAGCCCUGUCCAGAAGCAGCCUCAGGCUCCCCACUUUCAGUCCAGUGCUCUCUCCCAAAGCCCCCUGCACCAAAUGAAUCCCACAGCCAGCUACAGCCCCAGACGCUGCCCACUGCCCCCUCAUGGAAGUUCUUUCACUUGUGUCUCUACUAGGUCUGAUCAAUGUUUCUUGGAUUUUAGUGGCUAAGCUGGAUAAAGACAGGCCACUUAAAGUAGAAAAGUGAGAGCCUGGGUGAUGUAGCAAGACCCUAUCUCUAUGCAAAAAUAAGAAAAUUAGCCGGGUGUGGUGGUGUAUGCCUGGUGCAUGAGCCCAGGAGUUGGAGGCUGCAGCAAUCCAAAAUGCUUGGUUCAUAAGCAUUUUAAAGGCCAAGCAUAAAAUGGCUUCAGUCUCACUGCCUUUAGGUCCUUGUGUUCAUUCCCCCUGGCCACAUUUCCAUCAGUGCACCCUAAAUUAAGACGACAGAGGAUCAGGUUCUCCCACAGUUUGGGUACUUAGGGACCAGGAAAGCAAGACCAUGGUUUAGUACAAGCUCUGUGGAAUCAUAUAGACUACAAAGAGUCAACCAAUAUUGCCUUGUCUUCACAGCCGGAAAACAGCCCCAGAAACGUAAUGAGUACUGGCUAACAGUACUAUAAAAAAUAGUAUAAAUACUAUAUUAUAUUAAAAUAUUCUAUAUAGUA